AUGAGCAGCAACGCGGGCCCCGCGGCGCGGCUGUGCCGCCUAGAGCGGGGGCCGGACGGGUACGGCUUCCACCUGCACGGCGAGAAGGGCAAGCCGGGCCAGUUUAUCCGGCUGGUAGAGGCGGGCUCACCGGCCGAGCGCUCGGGGCUGCGGGCCGGGGACCGGCUGCUGGAGGUGGAUGGAGAGAACGUGGAGCGGGAGAGCCAUCAGCAGGUGGUGGAGCGGAUCCGUGCCGCCGCCGGGGCUGUCAGUCUCCUUGUCGUGGACUCGGCGGCCGAUGAGCAGCUGCAGAAGCGGAGUGGGACGAGUAGUGAGCCUCCCGUCAACUGUGGGCAGGCGACCCCGGAGCCGGCGGAGCCCGCGGUGCGGGAGUCCAGCAGCAGUGGCGGCGGCGACCAGCGGGAGGAGCUGCGGCCUCGGCUGUGCCGCAUGAGGAAGGGUCCCAAUGGCUACGGCUUCAACCUGCACAGUGACAAAUCACGCCCAGGGCAGUACGUGCGCGCCGUGGACCCCGACUCGCCGGCUGAGGCCGCAGGGCUGGCCCCCCAGGACCGCAUCGUUGAGGUGAACGGGGUGUGCAUGGAGGGCAAGCAGCACUCCGACGUGGUGGCAGCCAUCAAGGCAGGUGGUGAUGAGACCAGGCUGCUGGUGGUGGACGUCCUUACAGAUGAGUUCUUCAAGAAGUGCAAGGUGGUGCCCUCGGAGGAGCACCUUUCAGGCCCCUUGCCAGAACCAGUUGCCAAUGGUGAAAUAGGGAAGGAAAAUGGCAGAGAGCCACAGUGCAACUCCAUGUCUGAGAGCCCAUCCAGCCCCCAGCCGCUGACUGUGUCCCCCGAAUCCGGCGAGACCCAGACUGAGCCUGAUCAACAGGAGGGUGACAAGCGCCACUCAGCAUCCGGCUCCCUUCUGGACCUCGACAUCCCGCUGGCGGUGGCCAAGGAGCGGGCACACCAGAAGCGCACCAGCAAACGAGCACCCCAGAUGGACUGGAGCAAGAAAAAUGAACUGUUCAGCAACCUGUGA